CAGAGAACACCUGCGGCGAAGACUGCAGGUGUUAGGCCUCGGUGCACUGCGUGGCACAACUACAACAGCUUUUAUCAGUAUACUGCCGUCAUCCGGUUGCCACAUUCUCCGCUCGGUUACCUCACCUGGUAUAGGCUGAAGCUAAUCAAGUGAUAAUGGGAAUCAGGGACCUCACCGCAAGCAUCCUCUGGUUGACGAGCUUCCUGCUGGCCUUCACUCCACUCACCCAUCAGGCGCAGCAAGGGGGUGCGUCCGGACAGGAUGGAUUGAGCUUUGCCAUGGGCGCCUUCGGUGUGGUGACGGAACUCCCAGAUGCCCUGCAGGCUUACCCACUGACGAAUAGCUGGGGGAAGCCGACCGUCAUAAGGGUGGUGCAGGGAGGCGUGAACAUCGACAGCGACUAUGACGAUGAAAUAAUCACCUAUAAAGUUAAGGCCACCGCUCCGGAGGCUGGGGUGAAGGUUGCAAAUGUUGAGCAUUAAUGAUGACACUGCUCUCGUGUGUACACAAAACAGCAGCAAGGGUCCAUAAGACUCGUAUUCUGAAACAUUUCUGCGCCUCAUCUCCAUUACAUUCAAAAGGCUCUAGCUGAAGUGACACGGGUUUUUCAGGAUGUUUUAUUUACGGUUAUAGUGGCGAGAUUUCUACAUUAUUAGCAGGAAAAAAUACUCUUGAGAAUUCGGCUAGUCACCUCUGUGGCCUUUGAAGAUAGUCGUGGUGAGAGAGCAAAGCGUUUCUGAAUACAGCCAUGGUUUUGUGUGAGAACUUGGCUGGGAGAGGAACACCACGCAGACGACUAUUAUGCACGUCCUCCCGACCUCCUGAAGUGAAGAAAAUGUUCAUGUUUCUGUUCUGACUUGCACCAACGCACCAGUUCCGUAUAAGGGAAUACAUAUUGAAUCAGAAAAUUUCCAAGUAAAAAAAAAAUAAAUAAAAAAAUAAUAAAUAAAUGAUAAAAAUAAUAAAGGAAGAAAGAGAAGUCAGAGGGCAAUGUUUUUUUUUUUUCAGCCAUUCCUCACAUAUGCGCAUACGAAUAUCUGUCUAUUUAUUUAUCUAUCCAUCCAUCUAUCUGUGUGCUAUUAUUAUUAUUAUUAUUAUUAUUAUUAUUAUUAUUAUUAUUAUUAUUGGUGUCAUAUACCAGGAAGGGUUACAUUGCACAAGAGCAAGUGUGUAUCUGUUCUGCUGUAACCUGAUUAACUUUUAUCGGCAGUGUUACCAUAAUAAAAAACAUUAUUUCA